AUGCAUAAAGUACUAGUGCCGAGGAUUUCUGGUGCUCAUCGAUUUGCCUGUUUGGCGCUUUAUCGUGCACUUUUGCGACAAUGCCGUCCUUUAAAUGCAGAUGCUCCAUGGAUUGAUGAAUCCAGACCGCUUGUCCGACAAAAUUUCCAAAAAUUCAAGAAUUUACAAAGCCCUUCCCAAACUGCAAAUGCCUUAAAGGCAGGGUACGAGGCUUUGGAUCUCCUCUCUUCUGCCCAUACCAAUCAACGUGAUGCCAACCGGAUCAUAACCCUCGUCGCUCGAGCUAGGUCACAGAGAGAGAAAUACGCUGCAAUGCAAAAGAGGGUUCGGCCAGCAACGCCCCCUCCCAAACCUCUUACACCUCGGCAGGUUCGAAAGGAACAGUCAAUUCGUUUUCAGGAAGAAACUUCUCGGCGACACCCAGACGCUACCUCGGUUCUAGACCGACCCCGGCCGCUAGGUGACAAGAAACGGAAUGUCCCAGUCCUCGUCAAUGCACGCGGUCUACCGUUCUUGCGCUACAAAAAGCCGCAGCCAAGAAACGUUAGCAGUGUCAUACGAACAAAGCUUGGGCGUCGUUGGAACUGGAUUGAACGACGGGAGGAUCUGAAACUCCAAUUACUUUUCGCCAAAGACGAAGAGGAUUGGGAUCGCCUCACUAAGACAAGGGAGCCGUCUACUUGGUGUGAACACCUUGAAAGGGGCCUCUCCGAUGUCAAUACAAAAAUAGCACACUUUGACAUGCAUGCUAAAACACUUGCAGAGAACAUGUGGAAAAUUGUCCUGGCUGAAAAAGCUCUGGCAGAAGAAGAAGCAACUCAAAAGCAGCCAAAGCAGUGA